AUGCCGUACGCACCUGGCGUAUUCAGGGAGAAUGGUCGAGCCAUCCUCGAGCCUUAUCAAUCAGGCCCAGGGUUGCAGUGGAUCACAGUCAAGCUUUUCGAUGGAGACCGCUACCUUUGCGAUGCAGUUUUCAUGCACAGGGUGAUUGAACGCCUCCAGGGUGAAGAAGUCGUGGUCAACUCGGAAUCUAACAAGCAGGCGAAGAAGCCAUUCAAAAUGUCAUUUCCGGUCGUGAAUUCCAGCCCUCGCUGUCAGCAAUGGAUUGACAGUGUUGUAGAGAUUGCUAAGAGCUAUAAGGAUGGUUUUGUAGCUGGGUGCAUUUUUGUGGAUUAUGACUAUGUUUUCGGUCUUGCGACUCCUAACACUGCUUCACUGCCUCGGCGAGGGACGGUACUUAUAGAUAGCUGUUUGCUGUUCUAUCGAGUUUUCUACUUCACAUACCCAUGCUUUUAA